CAUAAACACCAAGCUAAACAAACUGUGUGUCUUUGAUCUUUUUGUUUAUUAUGAUUAUGGAAAACCGACAACAAUCAACCUCUUCACCUGUGCCCCUGACCUCUUUACAGCCAAGCUCCAGAUACUUCAACUGCCAAACCCACGGCCCGGCAAGCCAAGUGUUGGUCUGCACUGUCGUCCCUGCACAGCCUCACUCAUCCACGCAAGCAGCAACACCCUCAACACGUACGUGUAAGGCCAAACAGCGCCACGGGACCUACUGCAUCGCGCGCGGUGUACUCCGUACACACUCUUUUGUCUGUCGGCCUCCCGUCGACCUGUGGGGAUACCUGGCGAUGAUAUGUACAUCAUCAGGUUGCCUCCCGCGCCAACGUCGUUGCCCAUUUUGAGCUCUU